AUGAAAGAACCUCGGAUUUUCCUCAGAGAGCGGCCGACUCCAUGGACUCGUGCUCCACUGCCACCUCGAGGACGGCUUGACAGCUCCUUUGGACCACAAGGGGGUCCUGCUCUGAACACAGGCCACCCGCUGGGCAUGAACUCAGAUCCUUUCCUUAUGGCGGCCAGUUCUCUUGGUGGAAAUAUGGCCCCAUUUCCAAGGAACCCAUCUUCUUUUCCAGCCUCAUCAAGCUCAUUGGCUUCAAAUCCAGCACCUUUUCCUGCAGGUGCUCGAGAUCCAAGCAUGGCGGCUUUUCCAAGAGGGAUGAAUCCCACUGGCACAGGCACAGUUUCUUUCCCGAGGCCAGGUGGCAUGUUGGGCCCAGGCCUCAAUUCUAGAACAGGAUCUCUUCCAGGCUCAGGGCCCCUUGCAGGCCCUGGACCUUUGCCUAACCCCAGGCUAGGGAAUCUCCCAGGGCCAGGUCCUAUGGCCAACCCAAGAGUAGGUGGUAUCCUGGGAGCCGGUCCUGACCCCAGAAGUGGUGGUCCCAUGGGCCCUGGGUCUGGACCCAACCUGAGAGCAGGUAUCUUACCCUCUGGGAACAUCCCUCCCACCAAUCCAAGGCCAGUUGGUCUGGGUCCUGGGCCAAAUCCCAAUCUGAGAUCAGGCUUUCUGGGUACAAAUGCUGCUCCUAGGUCAGGUAUGUUCCCAGGUGCAGGCCCAGGCCUCGGGCCCAACCCAAGAGCAGCAGGUGGCCUGGGUCCAGGCCCUAAUCUGGAUGCCAGAGCCAGUGGCCUCUUGGGUACUGGAUCUGGUCUUAAUUUAAGAAUGACUGGACCUCAAGGACUAGAUCUUGCCCCCAUUCUGAGAGCAGCAGGUCUUUUAGGAGCAAAUUCAGCUUUGUCCCAGGCUUCUGGAAACAUGGGCACAAACCCUUCCUCCAUUGCACGAGUUCCUGGUCCUAUAGGUCCAAACAUGGGUCCUAGCUCUCGAGGAAUGGGCCUUCCAGGGCCAAAUCCAUCACCUAUGUCAAGGGCUCCUGGCCCCAUAGGCCCUAAUCCAGCUCAUUUCUCAAGGUCAGGUGGUCCAAUGGGUGUAAAUGUCAACCCUUUUCCAAGGGGGCCAGGUUCGGGAGGAAUGAACCCAACUCCAUUUUCUCAUGCGCCUGGCUCACUGGCUUCAAACCCAGCCACCUUCCAAAGGUCAGCUGGCCUCCAGGGCUCAACUUCAGCAGUUUUCCCGAGAGCCUCUGGGCCACUGGGCCCCAACCCAGCAAACUUCCCAAGAGCCACUGGACUACAAGGUCCAAGUUCUUCUACCUUCCCAAGGUCUAGUGGUCCAUUAGGCCCUGGUCAGAUUGCUUUCCCCAGGUCAACUGCUGGGCACCUGGGCUCUUCUCCAGCAGGCCCUAUGGGUAUCAGCCCUACUCCUUUCACAAGACCAGCCGGUACCCUGGGUCUCAACUCGGCUUCUUUUCCAAGGAUGAAUGGCCCUGUGAGCAAGAGCUUGGUUCCCUUUCCAAGAGUGGGGAGCCUCCCUGGUUCAAAUCCAGCUGCUUUCCCUAGACCAGGGGGGCCAAUGGCUGCAGUGUACCCAAAUGGAAUGUUACCCCCUUAAACACCACUUUCCCUGCAGGACCACCUUCGUUUCAAGGCACUGUGGUUCUGGAUAGGAACUGUGUCUUAGGUGAGAGGGUAUGUAUGGACUACUGUCUGGAAAAACCACCUGGGGCUCAAGAUCAGGUGAGCCAUUCUUUUCUUGACUGGAGGUGAAAAUGUUGUUUGUGGGACAUAGAUUGCAGCAGGAGGAACCAUCCCAGCCUUGAAGGGCUCUCCAGCUUUCCAGACACCAGCUGUGCUUUUGUCCCACAGCUUUCUGCCCUGUGUUUCUUACUAGUUUCUUGUUCUUGUGGACUUUUCCUCAGGGAUACUUUGCCCACAGGUCCCAACUCACACAUAGUUCCUGCUCAUCACUGCUCCCCAGAAGUGUUGCACUGGUGAACAGACCAUGCUUAGCUCAGACCUGGGCAUCCUCUACUGCCAUACUUUUCCCUGGGGGCCUCACACACAGAACAGGGAGGUAGACAACUAUUUCAAAAAGACCACCAAAUACGACUUCUGCUUGACUGGGCUUAGAGGUAGCCUGACACAAGACUCCUCUGCUCAGCCAGCUCCCUUACCACUGGUACAUACAAUCAGUGAACCUCAAAAUUUUGAUGUUUAAGGGAAUUGGGGUGGGGUGGGGGAUGAAGGGGAGAAAUCAGUGGUUCUUUCAGCCUGACAAGAAAGGAUGGUUGGUGUUUUCCUGCAUUGUAUCUUUUCUUACUGUUUCUGUAAUAAAUGGGAUGAGAGGGUUGCUGAGGUAA